ACACUAAUCUAACUGACUUAACUAGCUGACAUCAUGGGAGACAUGUCCAACAGCGAUUUUUAUGCCAAGAACCAAAGAAAUGAGGGCAACCAUGCAGCAGCCUUUGGCUGCUCGGUCAUGGAGCUGCGCUCGUUGAUGGAGCUGCGUGGAACAGAGGCGGUGGUCAAGCUCCAGGAGGACUACGGGGGAGUAGAAGGACUGUGCAAACGACUGAAAACCUCACCCACAGAAGGUCUUGCAGGUGCCCAAACUGACCUGGACAAGAGGAAAGAAAUAUUUGGUAAAAACCUGAUACCUCCAAAAAAGCCAAAAACCUUCCUGCAGCUGGUAUGGGAGGCCCUGCAGGACGUUACCCUCAUCAUCUUGGAGAUCGCUGCCCUGAUCUCCCUGGGUCUCUCUUUCUACCACCCUCCCGGGGAGACCGGCGGAGAGUCCUGUGGCGCAGCAGCAGGCGGAGUGGAAGAUGAGGGUGAGGCGGAUGCUGGCUGGAUUGAGGGUGCCGCCAUCCUGUUGUCUGUAGUGUGUGUGGUGCUGGUGACGGCCUUCAAUGACUGGUCAAAGGAGAAGCAGUUUCGUGGGCUGCAGAGCCGCAUUGAGCAGGAGCAGAAAUUCCAGGUGGUCCGUGGUAGCCAGGUCAUCCAGCUGCCUGUGGCUGACAUAGUGGUGGGGGAUAUCGCACAGAUCAAAUAUGGUGAUCUGCUUCCUGCUGAUGGAGUGUUGAUCCAGGGUAAUGACCUGAAGAUUGAUGAGUCAUCACUGACCGGAGAGUCUGACCACGUCAAGAAGUCUGCAGAUAAGGACCCAAUGCUGCUGUCUGGGACCCAUGUGAUGGAGGGCUCGGGGCGCAUGGUGGUGACGGCUGUCGGUGUCAACUCUCAGACUGGAAUCAUCUUUACACUGCUGGGGGCUGGCGUGGAGGAAGAGGAGAAAAAGGAGAAGAAAGGAGGGGCAGUGGAAGACGGACACCAGAAUACAGACUGCUCCCAUCCCCCUAUCCACCCCAUCGCAACUAUAGCCACGGAUGGGGCUGCAGGCAUUAAUGCCCCUGGCAGUGCCAGCCUAAUUAAUGGUAAAAUGCAAGAUGGCAAUAUGGAGAGCAACCAGAUUAAAGUGAAGAAGCAGGAUGGAGCAGCUGCCAUGGAGAUGCAGCCUCUAAAGAGUGCUGAAGGCGGAGAGGCUGACGAGAAAGAGAGGAAGAAAGUGUCAGCUCCGAAGAAAGAGAAGUCUGUGCUGCAAGGGAAGCUGACCAAACUGGCUGUCCAGAUUGGCAAAGCAGGUUUGCUCAUGUCGGCCAUUACAGUCAUCAUCCUGGUCCUGUACUUUGCCAUUGACAACUUUGUGAUGGAGAAGCGCCCUUGGAUGCCUGAGUGCACUCCUAUCUACAUCCAAUACUUUGUCAAGUUCUUCAUCAUUGGUGUAACUGUUUUGGUGGUGGCUGUCCCAGAGGGACUGCCGCUGGCUGUCACCAUCUCCUUGGCUUAUUCUGUUAAGAAAAUGAUGAAAGACAACAACCUGGUGCGUCACUUGGAUGCAUGUGAAACAAUGGGCAACGCUACAGCCAUCUGUUCUGACAAGACAGGCACGCUAACCACCAACCGCAUGACAGCUGUGCAGUUAUACGUUGGUGAUGUACAUUACAAAGAGAUACCAGAUCCUGGAGUCCUGCCACCCAAGUCAUUGGAUUUACUUGUCAAUGCCAUCUCAAUUAACAGCGCCUAUACCACAAAGAUACUGCCCCCAGAUAAGGAAGGCGGUCUGCCGAAGCAGGUGGGCAACAAGACAGAGUGUGGCCUGCUGGGACUAGUGUUGCAGCUGAAGCGGGAUUACCAGCCAAUAAGAAACCAGAUCCCAGAGGAGAAGCUUUACAAAGUCUAUACCUUCAACUCUGUCAGGAAGUCAAUGAGCACUGUCAUAAAGCUGCCUGACGGUAGCUUCCGGAUGUACAGCAAGGGAGCCUCUGAGAUUGUACUCAAAAAAUGCAGCCAUAUCCUAAACGAGGUGGGUGAGCUAAGGGUUUUCCGUCCACGAGACAAGGACGAGAUGGUGAAGAAAGUGAUUGAGCCCAUGGCGUGUGAUGGCUUGAGGACCAUCUGUGUGGCGUAUCGUGACUUUUCCAGCAAUCCUGAGCCCAACUGGGAUGAUGAGAACAACAUACUGAAUGACCUCACAGCCAUCUGUGUUGUCGGAAUAGAGGACCCCGUCAGGCCAGAGGUCCCUGAUGCCAUUCAGAAGUGCCAGCGUGCAGGCAUCACAGUGCGUAUGGUGACAGGAGACAAUAUAAACACAGCCCGAGCCAUAGCCAUCAAGUGUGGUAUCAUCCACCCAGGAGAGGACUUCCUGUGCAUUGAUGGCAAAGAGUUCAACAGGAGGAUCCGCAAUGAGAAAGGAGAGGUGGAACAGGAGCGUAUCGAUAAGGUUUGGCCUAAACUCCGAGUACUGGCUAGAUCAUCCCCAACCGACAAACACACACUGGUCAAAGGCAUUAUUGACAGCACUAUGGUAGACCAGAGGCAGGUGGUGGCUGUGACUGGAGAUGGGACCAAUGAUGGGCCUGCUCUAAAGAAGGCUGACGUUGGAUUUGCCAUGGGUAUUGCUGGUACAGAUGUGGCCAAGGAAGCAUCAGAUAUCAUUCUCACCGACGACAACUUCAGCAGCAUCGUGAAAGCAGUUAUGUGGGGCCGAAAUGUCUACGACAGCAUCUCCAAGUUUCUUCAGUUCCAGCUCACUGUCAAUGUUGUAGCUGUCAUUGUGGCUUUCACUGGUGCCUGCAUCACACAGGACUCUCCUUUGAAAGCAGUGCAGAUGUUGUGGGUGAACCUUAUCAUGGAUACUUUUGCAUCCCUGGCUCUGGCGACAGAGCCUCCCACGGAGUCUCUGCUUAAGAGGAAGCCAUAUGGUCGCAAUAAGCCUCUGAUUUCCAGCACCAUGACAAAGAACAUAUUAGGACAUGGAGUCUAUCAGCUCAUUAUCAUCUUCACACUGCUCUUUGUUGGUGAGCAGAUCUUUGACAUCGACAGUGGCCGCAAUGCUCCUCUCCACUCUCCACCCUCUGAGCACUACACCAUCAUCUUUAACACCUUUGUCAUGAUGCAGCUGUUUAAUGAGAUAAAUGCCCGCAAAAUCCACGGAGAGAGGAAUGUUUUUGAUGGUAUCUUCAGGAACCCCAUCUUCUGCUCGAUUGUUUUUGGCACAUUUGCUGUGCAGAUCGUGAUUGUGCAGUUUGGAGGGAAGCCAUUCAGCUGUCAACCUCUGGACUUGGAAAAGUGGAUGUGGUGUGUUUUCCUCGGUCUGGGGGAGCUUGUGUGGGGACAGGUGAUAGCCACCAUACCCAAUAGCAGACUGCGCUUCCUGCGGCGGGCAGGGCAGUUAACUCAGAAAGAUGAGCUGCCAGAGGAGGAUGUUAAUGAAGAAAAUGAGGAGAUCGACCACGCAGAGAGGGAGCUGAGGAGAGGACAGAUCCUCUGGUUCAGAGGACUCAACCGCAUUCAGACUCAGAUCCGAGUUGUGAAUGCAUUCCGUAGCUCCCUGUAUGAAGGCCUGGAAAAACCAGACUCCAGAACAUCCAUCCACAACUUCAUGACACACCCUGAGUUUAGGAUAGAAGACUCCACGCCCAACAUCCCCCUUAUUGAUGACACGGACGAUGAUUCUGCUCGUAGAAGGAUGAAGUACUCAAGCCAGCCCUCGUCCCCUAACAAGAACAACAACGCUAUUGACAGUGGCAUUAAUCUCACUAUCGAUACCAGUAAAUCAGCUGCUUCCUCCAGCCCUGCCAGUCCUCUGCACAGCUUGGAGACAAGCCUCUAACCCUGAUCCUAAACUCAGCUCUAACCUCUAAUGUUGUUUCCUCACAUUGUGGGGACACCUCCUCCAAUUCCUCCAGACCUUUAACUGUAACCAUACAAGUCUUCACCCCCAAAUUUUCACCCAAUUCUCAACUUCAAGUUCCCCCAAACCGCUACCUACCGGCGACACAGUCCUGGGGGGAAAAUGUCCACCAUUUUCCCUUAGCCUAGAGCCCUUGAAGCGCUCUGUUCCUUUCAAAGCAGAGAAAAUCUAAGUAAUAUGUCAAGGUGAAAAGAAAAAACAAACUAGCAUACAAUCAAAAAAGUGCAACAAAGCCACAAAACCUACACAGCCAUCCUGCUUUUGUGGUUGUAUGAGUACGGCAGCAGUCGCGGUGGCGUGUACGACAAUACACUUGUACUGGUUAGCAUGUACUGUAUAAGCGUGGGUCUGACUGCACAUAUGUACGAACGGUGUCUUUAGCGGCACUGGGAGGAGGACGAUGAGGAGGGAGACUGCUGAGGAGUAAAAAUCACACAAGAGGACAGACUUUAAACUCUGCUCACUCUUCCUCUCCUCAACAAAAAACAUUGUUAAUACUGAUAAUAGUUUAAAUUAAAUUGAAAAAUAUUGUUAUUAUUCUAAUUCUGAUUCUGAUUAUUAUUGUUCUUAUUAUUGUUGCUCCUGCAUGAAUGUACAUUACCCAGGUUUUAUUUAAAAGGCUUUUAAUUUUAUUGGAGUUCUUUGGUUCUGAUGGGCUAGGCCUCACUGUGGACUGCGAUUUUAAAGACAGCAUCUCUGAGUUUCUGGCCUGCAAAGUCCCCUCUUCUGUGUGGCAUGAACAUGUACCCAACUGUACAAAUUUAUUUCAUCCAUAAACGGAAAUGUGUAUCGAGGUGGUAGGGCUCAACUUGCACAACAGUUUUGCACCUGUCCGUAAAGAGGAACGCAAAAUAAUAAUAAUGAUGAUAGCAUUUAUGGGAUAUAUUCUAUAAAUAUAAAUACAUAUAAAUAUAUUUAGAGAGAGUUUAUCUUUGUUUGUUGGCAUGUUGCCUUGUUCCUGCUUCAAUGGCUCCAAUAACUUUGACUUAUUUAUGUCUUAAAGAGAAUGUAAUUUGUUUACAACCUCGUAGAGAUAAACUUCCUGGUUUCUAGAAGGAGGAAGGCGAAGUCGAAGCUCAGAUGGACCAGAGCUGUUUCGGUGUGUUAUUACUGAAAAACCCUGUGCUGGAAUUUGCCUGCUGUCUUGUCAAAUAAUGUAGAUAUUUUUAGAGGUUUAACAACAAAAAGAAACCAAAAUAUAAUGGGAUACAUAGUAAUUGUGGAAUCUUAGUAUUACUCUAUAUGAUUGUUGGGAUCAAGUUGGAGUGGCUUGCCUUUGGUUUUUUUCUAAACAGAGGCCUCCUUUUUGUGACAGAGGGGGAUAUUUUAUUCUUUUUAUCCACUGCUUCUUCUCUUUUGUUAAGAUUAUGGUUUAUUUUUCUCUGUGCUUCAGCACUGGCCUGGGGUCAGGGCUCGAGUCAAAGGCUGAUAUCAGGACCUUUAUAGCGAACUCUUCUAGAUAAACCUGCUUCUUCAAAGGACUUGACGUUUUUAAAAAAACAAAUCUAUGACCAUCAAAAGGCUGCAGCUGAGUCAUAUUAGAAAUUUGCAGUUAUAUUUGGCUUCUCUGUACCGCACGGAAAUCAAAACGUUUUGGUUGAAAACAUGGAAUAUUUUUUGCGUUGUGUCUAUUUUUUAUUUAACCUUUUGGUUUAUUUUUGUUUAAAGGAGUUUCUUUUCCUCUAGCAGAGACACAUGCAGCCACACAAAGCUGCAGACAUUUUUAACAUCUAAGAAAACAGAAAAACUGACAAAAAAAAGAAGAAAUGAGAACAAAAAUGGAAUGUUGCUUUGACUCUUUUUCUAUAUAUAUAUAUAUAUAUGAGAAAAAAAAAGAUUUUCUGCACUAUCUGGUUAUGAAUGAAAACUUCUGUGGUGUAAUUCUAGAUGUGCUUUUGUGUGUUUUAACCAAGCUUGUCUUCCUGCCGUCACAGAAUAUACAGUACUCUAGCAUCUCAACUGUACUCACUAGUUGUAAACUAUUUAUUGUGCUUUGACCAAUCAGACAUUACCAGAGAGAUGUUACAUACAGAAGGCACAUUUACCCAGUCUUAUUGCACUCCGAAGGACAAGGCCACUUAACUAGCCUGUACUAUUGUAUUUCUAUUACUAACUGAAAUCACUGGCAAGCAUGACGUGAUAGGCUCAUUAUGCAACUUGCAAAAAAAUCCAGAUUUUUCUAACUAAAAACAAAAAACAAAAAUUCUAUAAGCUAGUAAAGUAUAUACGAUCAUUUAUCCAACAAGUUCUAUCUCUCUUCUUUUUUAUAUCCUCCUCCUCUGUCAUUUCCCAGCCAAUCUGUCCAUCUGGAGAGGGUGCACAAGCUUUACCAGUCAGCUCAGGCGUGUUGAAAACGUAACAUGGACCAUCUGAAUAAAAAAAUCUGUCUUAUUUAAGUUAGAGAAAGAAAAAAAAACAGUUUGGGUUCUAAUAUUUUGCUUGAAAGCUGUUGAUUUCUUUUGUUUUCUUUCCAUUGUUUUAACUUGACAAUUUAUUUGUUUCUCUGUAAAAACUGUAAAACAAUAAACAAAACAAAUACAAAACAAUAGCAUUUUCAAUAAUAAUAAUAAUAAUAAUAUAUAAAAAAAAAGACUUGAGCCAAUAUUCUCAAACCACUUUUACAUCCAGGAGGACAUUCAGCUUUAAGGGGAUGCAAAGAAACCGAGUUUAAAAAUAAUCUUUGUAAAUACAGCGAUGAGUCCAUCGAGGACAGGAACUCCACUGGUGUGGACACAGGAGCUCCUCCUGACUACAUCUACCAUCAUGCACCACAAUGAGUCAUACUGCCGAUGCAGCCGUUUGGCUGUAUGUGAUCAAUCACUGCUCCUGUCAGAAAACAUCGUGAUUACAUCCCAAUCAUAACACGUGCUGUAGGAACCAAUAAUAACUUUGACGAUGACACUGAUAAUGAUGAUGAUGAUGAUGAUAACAAUGAUACUUUUUGCAAUAUACUCUCACCUGCCUCGAUGUACUGUAUUUAGCAGCAUGCAGUUUGUGGAACAAAGAAAAAGAGAAAUGCCAACAAAUAACUUUUUUGGCAUACUUAGCCAUUUAUGGGUAAGUGAUUUAAGUGUUCAUCUUGUUUUUAUGAUAUUUUUUUUAUCUAUACAAUAAUUGUAAAUAAAGAACUCAAUGUCUUUGUUCAUUUAAUACUAUGCAAAAAGUCAUGCUUUUCUGAUUGUUACCCACCCUUAUUCCUAGAGUGUGUUGCUGGAAUGUUUGUGGUCUCAAAAGUCAGUAAAAACAAUGUGAUGUAAAUUAUUUUCUAGCUUGAGGAAAAAGUUCAAUGAUGAUGAUGAUGAAAUUAUUAUUAUGAUACCAUUAGGAGAAUGAUAAUAAUGGUGGUGAUAUUGAUGAUGAUGAUGAUGAUGAACUGUGACUCUUGCUGCUUGACUGUCCCAUUUACUACACUCCUGACAGGAGCGCAAGUGAACAACAUAAUAAACAAAAAAAAGAACGAAAAAAAAGGAAAAAUCACUAAAUAAAUCUCCCAGAGCAGCAUGACCCAGCAUGGUGU